UCAGAAAAAAAGAAAAAAAAACUAUAACUGCCCAUUUUUAUUUCACAUCUGCCCAAUUUAGGAGUACUGUUGUCUCAAUUUCUCCCAGUUUUUUCUUCUUUAAGAUAACCUUCGUUUUUCAUUAAUUUCAACGAAAUCUAAGACAAACCCAAUUUAAUUCAUCCUCAAAUCUACAAAACCCAUGUCUUAAUUUCUUUAAUUUCCCUGUAAAUCUCUUCAAAAAUUCUAUAUUUUUUUUUGUGGUUGUUUAUCCAAUCUAAAAUCCGCCAUGGCAGCAGCAGUUUUAAGAUCGAAAUCAACUAAAGAAACAGCAAUCUUAACAGCUUAUCAAUUCAGAUACUUUGUGAUGAACCAUAUGCAUAUGCAUAUGGGUCGUAUGGCAAGUUCUCAUGCUGCCAACAAAGCUAAACAAGAAGAUUACUUUAUAAACACACCUUAUCAUUUCAUGUCCUUCAAACCUGUUUCACUUCGUGGGGAAUUCAUGGAUAAAGGCACUAACUUUAUGGGGUUUAAUUCUAAUCAUAAUAAGAGGAAAUUGGGUUCUGAUUCUAAUGUUUUGAGGUGUUCUGGGGACCCACCAGAGGUGUGGCAGCCUCCAUCUGAUGGAGUUGUGGUUCGGGCCCGUGGCGGAGGAGGUGGAGGUGGUGGUGGUGGUGGUGGAAGUGGUGGAAAUGGUGGUGGUUCGAAUGCGGGUGCAGGUGGUGGUGGUGGGUCUGGAUCCAAUCCAAAGGAUGGGUGUUGGGGUGGGUCAAGUUUGGGUAGUAGUUUUCCUACACCUAAGGAGAUUUGUAGAGGACUUGAUAAGUUUGUGAUUGGGCAAGAGAAAGCUAAGAAGGUGCUCUCUGUUGCUGUUUACAAUCAUUAUAAGAGAAUAUAUUAUGAGACCUUGCAGAGGCAAUCAGGGGAAUCAGCUAAUGGAAAAUUAGACCCUGCUGAUGAAGUAGUGGAGCUCGAAAAAAGCAACAUUCUUGUAAUGGGCCCCACAGGGUCAGGGAAGACAUUACUUGCAAAAACAUUGGCGAGGCUGGUGAAUGUACCCUUUGUAAUUGCUGAUGCAACCACAUUGACUCAGGCAGGAUAUGUCGGAGAAGAUGUAGAGUCGAUUUUAUACAAGCUUCUCACGGUGUCUGACUAUAAUGUGGCAGCUGCACAACAAGGCAUUGUGUACAUCGAUGAAGUCGACAAAAUUACCAAAAAGGCUGAGAGCCUUAAUAUCAGUAGAGAUGUAUCGGGUGAAGGUGUCCAACAGGCAUUACUGAAAAUGUUGGAAGGAACAAUUGUCAAUGUUCCUGAGAAAGGAGCUCGGAAGCAUCCCAGGGGUGACAAUAUUCAGAUAGACACAAAGGAUAUCCUUUUUAUCUGCGGGGGUGCUUUUAUCGACUUGGAGAAAACCAUCUCAGAAAGGCGCCAUGAUUCUUCUAUUGGUUUUGGUGCUCCCGUACGUGCAAACAUGAGAACAGGUGGUGCCACAAGUGCUGCUAUAGCUUCAUCUUUAUUGGAUAAUGUAGAAAGUAGUGAUCUUAUUGCUUAUGGUUUGAUACCUGAAUUUGUUGGAAGAUUUCCAGUUCUUGUAAAUCUAUCAGCCCUUACUGAAAAUCAACUCGUUGAGGUUCUGACAGAGCCAAAGAACGCGCUAGGCAAACAGUACAAAAAGAUGUUUCAAAUGAAUGGAGUGAAACUCCAUUUUACAGACGAGGCAUUGAGAUUAAUUGCAAAAAAGGCAAUAAAUAAGAAUACAGGAGCUCGGGGAUUGAGGGCCAUUCUGGAGAACGUCCUCAUGGAUGCCAUGUACGAGAUUCCGGAUACAAGAACGGGUGACAGUAUCAUUGAUGCUGUCAUUGUGGAUGAAGAAGCAAUAGGAUUAGAAGGCAAAGGGCGUGGAGGCAACAUUCUUUACGGGAAGGGAUCCCUUGACCGCUAUCUUUCACAGAAAAACCGGAAUGAGGUUGAAAGUUCUGAAGGAGAAGUCGAGGGAGAAACUGACCUCCCUUCAGUUGUUGCUAGCAUGUAAAACUUUCGGAUCGAGGGAGGGAUCCCAUUUGUAGUUUCAUCACUGUACAGUAUCCAUAGAAGUACAAAAUAAAAGAGCAAUCAUUUUAGAAGAUAGCCAGGUGAGGCAGUAAAGGGUAUGAAAAGAAAAGAAAAGAAAAGAUGAAAGAGGAACAUAUAUAUUUGUAUCAUUUUCUGAAAAUUUCGAAAUGCCUACGCCCUUUUCUUUGUGGAAAUGGAAUUUGUUUGUGUA